GAACUGCAGCCAACUUCUCGUGGUUGAACGGCAGUACCGACAACUUCCUUUCUAGUUUUUUUCUUGAAGCCGACAAAAUGGUUCAACGUUUGACUUUGAGAAGACGUCUGUCCUAUAACACCAAAUCCAACAGGAGGCGUAUUGUUCGCACCCCUGGCGGUCGUUUGGUCUACCAAUAUGUCAAGAAAAACAAGACUGUCCCAAAGUGCGGUCAAUGCAAAGAGAAGUUGAAGGGCAUCCAACCCUCUCGUCCAUGCGAACGUAGCCGUAUGUCUAAGCGUCUAAAGACAGUUGCCCGUACCUAUGGUGGUGUUCUCUGCCAUGGUUGUUUGCGCGAACGCAUCGUCCGUGCCUUCCUCAUCGAAGAACAGAAGAUUGUCAAGGCUUUGAAGAGUCAACACGAAAGUCUCGCCAAACCAGCCAAACCCGUCAAGGUUGUUGAAAAGAAACCAACAAAGGGCGCUGCCGCCAAGGCCACCGGCAAGUCGGCCGCCAAGAAGCCCGCCCAAAAAGCUACCGGCAAAUCCAAGAAGUAAACUUGGAUGGAUCAACCAUGUUGAGUAGUGUAUUUUGAGUUGGAUGAAAAAUGAUUUCUUAUUUUUAAAGAAAGCUUUGAUUUAAGUGACGCGUGUGUUUUGUAUACAACAAUAAAAACAAACAACAUGAAUAACAAAAGAAGAAUCUUAAAAAUCAAUCAGCAAACAAAAAAAAAAUGCAACGUGAGACACAGAAAUAAGUUAUUAAAAUGCUUUAAAUUUUAUGAAAACA